AUGCCACCAACCAACCUCACUCAAUCCACAGGGCUUACAAUUACUAACCCACUCAUUUUAUAUCGUGCUCUAUUAGCGACUAAAGCAAUUGACCCCGAUCCAGCUCAACACCGUAUAGCUUUACAUUUACAAAAGCUAUAUUUACGAUUGAAGGACUAUCAACCUCGAUCAGAAUAUGCAGAUCGACUCAAAGCAAUCAGUCGCGCCGUUAAUGAUGACCAAAAUGCCGAAGAUGGCCAGGCGGUAGCGGUACCUGGUCAUCCUUUAAGGAACAAUCCACUAUUUGCGCAUAUUUUCAAAAGAAAAGAACGACGAGAUACACUUGCUAUGACAAAAGUCCUCACAAGUCAUGAAGCAGCAAUGCAUCUAGACUCUCCACAAGGUGUAUUGCUUCAUGGUGAGGUUGGGACUGGAAAGUCAAUGCUAUUGGAUAUGCUAGCAGAUAGUCUACCGAACAGCAAGAAAAGAAGAUGGCAUUUCAAUACAUUCAUGCUAGAGACGUUUGCACGCUUGGAACAAUUGAGACAGUCUCGCUCUAAGCAUAGAGAUCUCGGUUCAGAAGAUUAUUCUUUACUUUGGCUAGCAAAGGAUAUGAUUGAAAAAUCACCCAUACUCUUCCUGGAUGAAUUUCAGUUGCCAGACCGAGCUGCAAGUAAGAUUUUGAGUAACCUUCUGACACCUUUCUUUCAAUUAGGUGGUGUACUUAUAGCAUCUUCAAAUCGCAUGCCAGAAGAGCUGGAAAAAGCCAGCGGUAUGGAUUAUGCAGUACCUGGAAGAGGAGGACUUGUGAAAAAUUGGCUAGGCUUAGCUAAGCCGCAGAAGCUUGAUAUGUUCUCCAGUGGAAACGACUUCUCGGGAUUUGUUGGAGUUUUGAAAGCUAGAUGCGAGAUCUGGGAUAUGGGUAAGGGUGGUAGAGAUUGGAGACGAAGAGAAACCGAGGAUGUGAAUGAUGAAACUGCGAAGAUGUCUGAAAUAUUGAGGGAGGAAAUAAUAGAAGGAUUUACUGGACUCGAAAAGCUUUCCCCUGGCAAUCUUGGACCUGGAUAUGAACAAAGUGUCUAUGAAGAAGUUGACGACAAGAUCGCCGAGAAAGCUGCGAAGGCAGGUGCUCCCAAGAAAUACCUUCUCACAUCAGACAGCGAUGAUGCUUGGGAGAAAGUAGUAAAAUCAGCUUUACCAUCCUUCUCAGAUCCAAUCCCAUGGCAAUCAACCACCCUUCUAGUCUAUGGCCGUACAGUUCCCGUUCCUCGCCACCUUGACGGUAUAACUUACUGGGACUUUUCCACCCUCUGCGGCGGUAGUUUUGGCCCCGCAGACUACAUAACAAUGGCAUCCACCUUUCACACCUUCAUCCUCGAUUCCGUUCCCAUCCUAACACUCCUCCAAAAGAAUGAAGCCAGACGUCUUAUCACCCUCCUCGACGCUCUCUACGAAGCCCGCUGUAAACUCAUUGUCCGCGCCGCCGUCGGGCCAGAUACUCUCUUCUUUCCCGAAACGAAACUCUCUUCCUCCUCCAACCCUGAUCCCGAAUCUAAUGAGAAUCCCCAAGACGCCGUAUACUCCGAAACGCUCUCAGAAAUCUACCAAGACCAAACCUCGCCUUUUCGUCCUAAUAUUUCGACGUAUACCGAUACCCCGACCGUAAAAUCGGGAUACGAUCCUGAUGAAGAUGCAGAUUUCAAUCCAACUCCUGGUGCGGGGAAUGAGAUUGGGCGGAGGAGUGGAGUAGAUUUUGGAAGGACGGAGAGUUUUACGGGCGAGGAUGAGAGGUUUGCGUAUAAGAGGGCGGCGAGUAGGUUGUGGCAGAUGUGUGGGGGGAGGUGGCAUGCGAGGAGUGAGGAGGGAGAGGGGUGGUGGAGACCGUUGAGUAAGGAGGCUAGGGGGUGGGAGAGGAGUGGGGAGUUGAUGGGGGAUAAAGUGGGAAGUGGGGAAAGGAAGGAGAGUAGGGAUGUUGUGGGUGAUGUGAGGAUGGGGGGUUUUGUGGAGCUUGAGAGGCCGGCGGGUUUGGAGGGAAAAGAGCUAGAGAGAGAGAAAUCAGGAGUUGGUGGGACGAAACGAUAG